AUGGAAGAUGGUGAUGGUGAUUUUCCGGGAUAUGGAGACUCGGGAUACGACAACUUCCCAUCUUCCCAACCGUGGAGAUCGAGUCCAACCCCCCCUCCAAAUCAGAUGUGGAGUCCACAAUCGCUCCAAUACCGGGUUCAGUCAUCCUCCCAUCAGCAGAGGAACGUGGUUCGCCAACAAUCGGGGUUCGGUGACUAUCAGCCGAAUAUGGACGCGAUCAACAACCCGCCUCAGCACUUCCAAUCCUCCCAAUUCCAAUACACGCAGUCUCCUCUGUCUGAAUCUGAUAGAUUCACAUGGGAACAAUUGAUGGGUACACCGGAGACCCCGACAUCCCGUAGUGUGGAGGUGGAGGCCGGCGACGGGGGUGGCCGAACCGGCGGUGGCCGAGGCCGAGGCCGAAAUGGCAGCGGUGGUGGGAGGCGAGGCGGCGGCCGAAGUGGGCGGAGACGUGGCGGAGACGGAGAGCAGGGGCCCGGCGGAAGCGGCAGCCGAGGCGGCGGGCGCGGCGGUGGUGCUCGGCGGGGGGGGGUCCCGUACAACGACGAUGAAUCCCUUGCUGUUGCGCGGGCCUGGGAGCCCCCCUCGACAAUGUCGAGGCGCCAAUGCCCGCAGGGCCAACAAGCCGCCAUCCGGGAAGCUAGAACCGCAUCUCAAGUCUCUGCUGGCACCGCUCCCAUCACCGGCCGCGGCGUUGGCUCAAACACUGGAGGUGCAGAUGAUGAAGCAACUUGGGGAUAA